AUGCCCAGAACCAAGUCGCCCUCCACCGAGGCAUCCGUUCCUACUCUCUACGACGAGACUCAAGCUCCAGACAUGUCAAGCACCAAGUUGCCUUCUAACGCUGACUCCCUUUCUACUCUUUACGAUGAGACUCACCGCGGCAUCUGGCACAUAAACCCUCACAUCGCAAGCUUCGGCAACUCCCCAUCCCUCAUCGCCCACCUUGAACACCAUGGUCCUACGACUGACGGCAGCUUCGCAGUAUGCGUUGCUGGUGGCUCCGGCAACUUCAUCAACAAGAAACUCUACGAGUCCAUCCCACAGGAGCACCGUCCUGAACUGGAUACCUGCCCUCAUCGUGUGGGUUUGAUGGUUGGCGAGGACCAGACCGCAUUGGGCACUGCCUUCAUACCAAUCAUACUCAAGAAUGCGGAUACUGACAAGCCUUUUCGAAUCGUGCUCCAUGCGUAUGUGCUUCCGAAUAUGCUGAUGGGGAUGUUCAUCAGUGAUCCUGCAUGGGUUGAGGUGCAGCGGUUCCGUCCGGGUGGGCGCGAGUAUGGCUGUGAUUUUGGGGAUGGGAAGAUUGUGAGAGUCAAGGGUUUGCCUCAUGGGCAUUGA